AUGGAGGACGAGUCAGGAGUGAGUACACGUUUAUAUGCAUAUAUUAUUUCAAACCAGACGAAGGUUUGGCACGAUAUGGAAAACAUUUUCCAACAGAUGACAGCACAAAUAAAGACUACAAACGAUCACAACACGGCCAUAUGUAGCGGAUUUUUCACCAACGAGAGCGGGUAUAAUCCUUCACAUAGGGCGAUAUGCCGGCAAAUAGUAAACAUUUAUAUGUUUAUGAGUGGAUUCCAGCAAGUUGGUAGGAAAUGGGUAAAGAGGCAGACCCAAGGGAACACUGCGGAAUUUGAGAAGUGGGUAAGGUGUAUAAUGGGAAAUGUGGCGUUGGUGGAAAUGUUUGGGCAAAACUGUGCACAUGUCGAAAUAGCACAAACUGUUUCAGCGUAUAUGAAAAUGGAAUGGAACCAGUUUGAAUUUGAGCACAAUAGUGAAAUAUGCCAGGAGCUGAACUAUGAUAAGUUAAUAAUAGGCACGAAGUAUGUGGGGUUGACCAUGGCAGACUGGAUAAGAAGUUGGAGGAAGAUAAACAGGAAAGGACAAGUGGGAAACAAUAGGGAAAUGAAAGAAUGUCAAAAGAACGAUAGUAAAAGGGAGCAAGGGGCAGAGAAGGACAUAACGAACCGAGGACCCAUUGUGAGAAUGUUUCAGGAGGGGGAAGUACACAGAAUUCAUAAAGUAGUAGAGUAUGGGCAGAAUUUAGCGGACGAUAAAAGGAGAGGACUCAUAGAAAAGAUGAAAGAAGGAGGGAAUCCUGAUAUCAAGGGAAUCAUAGAGGAGAUAUACCAACAGUUGCAUGUAGCGGGAACACCAGAGGCCGCCACACCGGCAGCAGUCCAUCCGCCGGCAACCACAGCACCAGGGGAAUCGACAGCGGGGACGGACAAGAACAAAAAGAAAGAAGACAGCAGUAACGGGCAGGUAGUAACGACGACACCAGAAGUACCACCAACUAAGGUACCAGAAGUACCAAAGGCGGUUGUUCCUGAGAAGAACACACCACAGGCAGGCAGCGGACCAGAUAGCAAGGGUAGGAAUGAUGAGGGGUUACCGGACGCCUUACCACAACCCCCAUCGGCCACAGGAGGAACAGGCGGGGAAGGACAAGGACCGGGUCAGGGACCAGCAGGACCCGUACCACAACCCCCACCUGCGGCACCACCAAAAGCUACCGGUGCAGAGGACACAGGUACCAAAUCACCACCACCCCCAGAACCGGCACGUCCUGCUGCAGGAGAAGGGGAACCAUCGCAGGAUUCGAAAGAAACAGGUAAGUGCUCCAAGGGCAUACAGACUUAUACAGUCAAGAAUGCAGGCGACGGUAUCCAUGGAGCCACAUCCAGCACCGCUGUCUCAUUUGCAUCGGGUGCCGGAACUGAUGAUGACUGUGACCAGAAGUCCAAAGACACAGAAGCAGGAGCAGCGCAUGCCGACAGUAAGUCCAAGAAGGACACACAGGCACCAGACGCAGGCGUCGCAACUAACCCCGAUGGUCAGGCACAUAAUACAUCAAGCUGCACUUCAUCCGAAUUCUCCUGUACGUCUGGGGCCCUGGAGAGCGUUUUACACACACUAAAUGACACAGUAACCUCCGGUGGCACACAGAGUGCUUCGGGCGGACACAAUGCAGGGAACGCACAUGCCGGUAACGUAGACUGCACUGCUAAUCCUUUGCAUGAUAGUUGUGACCUCAGAUUAGAGGUACCGUUCGUACCUAGCGUAAAACUCUCGGAUGGACACUUUGGACCCGGUGCCACACCCGCUAUACGGGACUUAAACCACGAUGGAGUCGGCAAGGAGGACGUGCCCAUCGAUAUUCCUGACCUAACCGACACGGUCCUUACCGCCACUACUCCCGUGCUGUUUUUUCUCGCUUCCGUCACCGUUGCCAUUCUUGGUUAUUCCCUUUGGAAG